CAGCCCCAGAGCUAUAACCUCACUGCUGUUCCCAUCUACAUCUACCAUCAGGCUCCGGGAAGGAAGACUCCUCCUCUCCCCUCCUCCAAGUCACGAAACCUGCGCGCGGCGCCACCAUGCGGCAGAAGGUGGUAUCGCUCUUCUUGUGCUAUCUGCUGCUCUUCGCCUGCGGCGGGGUGGAGGCAGGCAAAAGAAGACAGUCAAAAGAAGAGCGCUCAAAGGACAGCGGCUCCGGGUUCUGGGGCGCCCUGACCUACAUGGCUGUCGGAGGAGGGCUCCUGGCCGCGGGGCUGCCCGCUCUGGGCUUCAUGAGCACCGGCAUCGCAGCCAACUCCGUGGCUGCCUGGUUGAUGAGCUGCUCCGCCGUGGCGAACGGGGGCGGUGUGCCCGCCGGGGGGCUGGUGGCGGGACUGCAGAGCCUCGGGGCUACUGGUGGCAGUGCCCUCAUGGGCAAGAUUGGUGCCCUUCUGGGCUACACUGUCCACAAACACCUUGAAAAUAGCAGGGAGGAAGGGCAUGAGGAGGAGGAGGAGUAGCCCGAGGCUCCCAGGAAACCCUUCCUUCCAGUUGUAGUCGAGAGUUUUCUCUGUCACACUCAUCCUAAGUGGAAAAAAAAAAAAAAGAAUAAAAUUCUAUCAGAAAACA